GCAUCAGCUAUAUCAGCGUCCAGUCAGUGUUGCUUCAGCCGUUCUCUUGCUCGCACCAUUCCGAGAUUGAAGAUAGUCGUCAUCAAGAUCCCCGCAUUCUGAUGAGAAUGUUGCUGUUACUUUUCCUAGUACCCUCAGCGGUACUUGGUCAGUGUCUUACUUCAGAUGAUAGCAAUGUUGAAAUAAAAUCAUGGUCCAAUCUAUACAAGGGAGAACAACAGUUUGCUAUCAAAAUGCUCAACUUGGCAAACGAUAUGACUCCAUCAGAAAAUAUCCUCUUUUCGCCAUUCAGCAUCUACAAUGCUCUUAUUCUAUCUUACUUCAUCGCUAAUAAUCACACAGAACAAGUGCUGAAAAAGGCUCUUUUCAUCCCACCUUCUGAGACUAAGGAAACCAUGAAGAAUGCUUAUACUUUGCAGAAACAAUUAAGGAUACCGAAAAAUGGUUCAUCUGAAUUUGAACUAUUAAAUGCAAAUCGCUUAUUCCUUUCAGACAAAUUGACAGUUCGUAAUUGCAUGGAACAAUUAUUCAAGGAAGAGAUAGCAAAGACCAAUUUCGCUGAAGAUCCACAAGGUUCUUUGAAAAAGAUUAACGACUGGGUAGCCAAAAAGACAAAGAAUGAAAUCAAGGAUCUUUUAAGUGCAGAUCAAAUUAAUGAGGGUACUCGGAUUGUUCUGGCCAAUGCUGCUUAUUUUAAAGGAUGGUGGAAGAGCAAAUUCCAGCCAGAAUCUACCAGCAAGGAACUUUUCUAUAUUUCUAACUCUCAGAACACUUUUGUAAGAAUGAUGAAGCAAAAAAAUUCAUUCAGCCACUUGGUAUCUGAAAAGCUGGGCGCACAUGUUCUUGAACUUCCCUACAAGGGAGAUCAAAUCAGUCUUAUCAUUCUUCUGCCACCUUUUGCUAGCCCCAACGGCAUCACUAACAUUCUCAAGAGAAUGCAAAAAGAAGACUUCAACAAAGUGAUCACCGAUGAGAUGAUGCAAAGGCCUGUAGAAGUAUCAAUACCCAAAUUUUCAAUUGAACAAGAACUAGAACUUUUGCCUAUCCUUAAUUCUAUGGACAUUGGAGAACUGUUUCAAAGCUCUGCAGAUUUGUCUGGAUUGACCGGAAAUAAUGACAUUAAUCUGGAUGACGUAGUGCACAAAGCGAAGAUAACUUUGGAUGAAGAAGGUACUACAGCAAGCGCUGCCACUGCCAUUUUUAACUUCCGGUCGUCGCGUCCGUUGGAACCAGUCAAGUUUAUCUGUAACCACCCUUUCAUAUACAUCUUAUAUGACAGAACGACCAACACCUUACUGUUUACCGGUAUUUACAAUAAACCACCACCCUCAUAAAUCAUAUUUUUCUGUUUUACUGUAAAUGUGAUUAAUAUUUCCAAUGUCAAUAUGUAAGAGAUAUGCUAAUUUAUCUCUUUAUCUCAAAGUUUCUCAAACAAAUUAAGGAAAUAGAGAAGAAGAAUUAAUUGCUUCUUCACAUAAAUAUAAAGUUAUUUUCAAUUUGAUAGGGCUUUCAAAUUUGAUAACUACAAAACAAAUUUGUUUAUGUCUUCUAUAACAUCAGCUAUACAAUUAUAAAUAAAGUAAUUUUUACUUUAUCAUUGUAAAAUAUGUAAAUAUUGUGCCUAGAAGUAAGUUUUAUAAAUACACUAAAGUAUGUACAACACAAUUUUACUUCCAUGUGAAAGUAUAAUUAGAUCUACCAAUUAUAGGAGAACAUAAAAUUCCCAAAAGAAUGUUCAAAAAUAAAUGAGUUCAAUGAUUUAGACAAAUCACUAGAAGAAUAUUUGGAUUAUCAAUUUAAAUUUAACAAAACUUAAUGUAUGUAUCAUAUCAAUAAUGAAAGGUAAAAAAAAUACAUAUUUAUAUUCCGUAAUGCUUGUUCACAUAUUAAGUGUAAAUACUGUUUUAGUGUGCUUUAGUAUGUAUAUUUUUAGUGUAUCUGUUCUUAGCUAGUCUAAAUUACUUGCAAUAAUACAUUUUUAAUAAAUUAAGUAAAGAAAUAAGUUAUUAUUUUAGUUUUUAUUUACCUUCUUAUAUUUAUAUCUUCAAGAAGUUAAAUAAAAAAAUUAUAAAACCAACUUA